AUGGAGAGAGAGAGCCAAGAAGGAGACGGGUUGUGCACAAGCUCUCUGCUUCUCCGCAACUAUGGAAAAUCCAUGUCUUCAAGUGAUCACUCGGUCACGCCUUCGGUCGUUUUUAGCACGCUCGUUGCCGUUUGCGGGUCUUUCACCACUGGGUGUACUUGUGGGUAUUCAUCGCCCGCCGAGUCGGGCAUAAUGGAGGAUUUGGGCCUCUCUACGGCAGCAUACUCGCUUUUUGGUUCUAUAAUAACAAUAGGAGGGGUAAUAGGAGCUUUGGUUAAUGGCCGGAUGACCGAUAUGAUGGGCCGAAGAUCGACAAUGGGGAUUUCGCAAAUAUUUUGCGCUGCAGGAUGGCUUUCUAUAGCAUUUGCCAAGAAUGUUUGGUGGCUCGAUAUCGGAAGACUAUUACAUGGAGUUGGCUUUGGGAUUCUAAGUUAUGUGGUACCUGUGUACAUUGCCGAAAUAACACCCAAACACGUCCGGGGAGCAUUCACAGCAUUAAAUCACCUUUUGUCGUGCUGUGGCAUUUCGUUGAUGUACUUCCUAGGAACUAUUGUUUCCUGGCGUAUCUUGGCUUUGAUAGGUGGAAUCCCCUGCGUACUUCAAGUUUUUGGUUUAUUCCUCAUCCCCGAGUCUCCAAGAUGGCUGGUAAAAGUCCGUCUAGAAAAGGAGUUUGAAGUCACGUUGCAGAGACUCCGAGGCAAAAGCACGGACAUUUCCCAGGAAGCGGCAGAAAUCAGAGACUAUACAGAAGCCUUUGAACGGCAAUCCCAGUCUAGGAUUCUCGAUUUGUUUCGACGAAGAUAUGCUCAUUCCCUCACAAUAGGAGUCGGAUUGAUGAUGCUUCAACAAUUUGAAGGGGCAAAUGCAUUUGAAUAUUACGCAACCACUAUAUUUAAAUCAGCUGACUUUUCAAGCAGCAUUGGUACCCGAAGCAUAGCUAUUGUCCAGAUCCCAGCAAGCGCUCUUAAUGUAAUCUUGAUAGAUAAAGUUGGAAGAAGACCGCUUUUAAUGUUUUCUUCAGCUGGAAUGGGCUUGAGUUGCUUUCUUCUAGGACUCUCAUUCUUCAUGCAGGACCUGCAGUAUUGGAAGGAAGUCACUCCCAUUUUGGCGUAUGUAUGCAUUAUGGUGUAUUCCAUAACUUACUCCCUUGGCAUGGCCGGGUUACCGUGGGUUAUAAUGUCCGAGGUAUUCCCAGUAAAUAUUAAAGGUUCCGCUGGAAGCAUGGUGACCUUGGCUAGGUGUUCCUGUUGUUGGAUUGUUAGCUACACUUUCAACUUUAUGCUCGACUGGAGCACCACGGGAACCUUUCUGAUUUUCGCAUGCGUUUGCGGUUUGACUAUCGUAUUCACUGUGAAGCUAGUACCGGAGACCAAGGGGCACGCAUUGGAAGAAUUACAAGCAUCACUUGCCCAUUUCCGGCAAUGAUUUGUGCUUUGUUGAAAUCUGAAUUGAUCCUACCAUUGUGUUGGCAACCUCAAAAGGCGUUGUGAGUCAAGCUUCCCAGAGCCUCCUUGUAGGACUAACUUUUUUGCGCCUGUUUGUGGGAAAAAUUUGCAAUAUCAGAAAAGUAGAUAAAAAGUAACGAUCAUACAAACAAGGAAAUGGGA